GAUUAAGAACUGUGUCCUCAGACAAACAGAACAAGGCUAAAUCUCUGACACAGAUGAAAGUCACAUCAGAGAAAAGUGGAGGCCCUUCCAGAAGUUAAUGGCAAUUUCUCUGGAGAGAGCUGCAAUAUCAAUGGAACACUGGACCAUGAGGCCACCACUCUUGGUGCUUUCUGUGUAUCUGCUGUGGCUGAAAUAUUGUCACAGUGCACCUACUUGGAAGGACGCAGCUGCUACGGAUGGAAACCUGAAUAGUCCUUUGGAGGUGGGGGAAACAGAUAUAGGAGGAGAGGUUAAGAAGGCUUUGAUUGGCAUUAAGCAGAUGAAAAUCAUGAUGGAAAAGAGAGAGGAGGAGCACGCAAAACUGAUGAAAACCUUGAGGAAAUGCAAAGAAGAAAAGCAGGAGGCCCUGAAACUCAUGAAUGAAGUGCAAGAACAUUUGGAGGAAGAAGAAAAGUUAUGCCAGGCAUCUUCUGUGGAUUCCUGGGAUGGAUGCAGGCCAUGUCUGGAAAGUAACUGCAUGAGAUUUUACACAGCUUGCCAACCUGGUUGGUCCUCUGCGAAAAAUACGAUGGAGCAAUUUCUCAGGAAGAUGUACCUAUUUCUGUUUCCCCUCAGUGAAGAUGUGGAGGAUCCCCCUGCCGCCAAACAGCCGACAGAAGAAGACUUACAAGUGACGCAAAUGGAGAACCUCUUCAGCCAGCUGGCUGUGGAUGUGAAAUCUCUCUUCAACAUGAGCUUUUACAUUUUCAAGCAGAUGCAGCAGGAGUUUGACCAGGCUUUUCAGUCAUACUUCUUGUCCAAUGUAGACUUAAUGGAGCCAUACUUUUCCCCAGCUUUAUCCAAAGAGCUAACCAAAAAAGAAGACCUUGGGCAAAGGUGGGACAUUGCCAAUGUCUUCCAGCUGUUUCAUAAUUUCAGUCUCUCUAUUUAUGGGAGAGCCCGAGAAAUUAUUACGAAGAUACUGAACGCAUUUGAGGAUUCGUGGGAACCACACAAAGAGUUGGACCAGAGAGACCUGCUUUCAGAGAUGUUACCUGAGCAAAACGGAGGAAUGUGUGAGGAAUUGGGCCAGAAUGUAUCCGGAUGUUUCAAAUUUCAUGAAAGAUGCCAAAAAUGUCACAAUUACCUAUCUGAAGACUGCCCUGAUGUACCUGAACUACACAUAGAAUUCCUUGAGGCCCUGAUAUUAGUCAAUGUAUCCAAUCAGCAAUAUGAUCAGAUAGUUUGGAUGGCCCAGUAUCAUCUGGAAGACACCACAUAUCUGAUGGAAAAGAUGCGAGAGCAGUUUGGAUGGGUGUCUCAACUAGCAAGCCAUAACCCAAUGACUGAGGACAUCUUUAAUUCAACAAAGGCAAUUCCAAGAAUUCAUGGAGGAAAUUCUUCCAGACAGGAUGAAAUUAUGGUAGACUCAAGCAUUCUGUCUUCCUCUAACUUCUCACUCCAGAGUUCUGAAGAAAGUAUUGAGAGCUCAAAUGUCAUUGACUAUGUGGUAGCAAAAGUUCUGCGGUAUUUUAAGGGACCUUUUAAAACUUGGUAAGCAGAAGAGCUGAUUAGAAAACCUUUGUUGACAGGGUAGGUGACUCAUAAAAAGAAAUAACAGAAAUACAAGAAUUGGGUAGAAGCUAUCAAAUUUGCCAGUGUUAAAAAGCUGUGUAAAAUGUUCCUAGAAAGUCACACACACACACACACACACACACACACACACACCUUUAAUCCUAGCACUUGGGAGGAAGAAGUUGUCAAAUCUCUGUGAGUUCAAGGCUAGUUUGAUCUACAUAGCCAGGCCAGCCAGGGCUAUAUAGUAAGACCCAUAUAUAGUCGGAAGGUUUUCUGUGUUCAACCCGGUUUGCAGGAGCUCAGACCCAAGUAAACACAAAGAAGCUUAUAUUAAUUAAAACUGCUCAGCUAUUAGCUCAGGCUUACUACUGACUAGCUCUUAUACUUAAACUCAGCCCAUUGCUGUUAAUCUAUAUGUCACCAUGUGUUCCAUGGCUUUACCUGUGUGCCAUUACAUGCUGCUCCCUAGACAGUGGGAUGGUGUCUCCUGACUCAGCCUUCCUCUUCCCAGAAUUCUCCUUGUCUGCUUAUCCCACCUACACUUCCUGCCUGGCUACUGGCCAAUCGGCGUUUUAUUAAAACAUUGUACAAAAGCAUUAUUCCACAGCACCUAUGGGGACAUGAUGACUUGUAUUAUAUUAUCAGUAGGGAUAUUAUAUUAUAUUAUCAGUAGGGAUAUAAGCUGGUUUUACCUUUUAUUAUUUUUUCCAAGUUUUUUGAGACAGACCCUUGUUGUAUAACCCAGGCUGACUGACCUCCAAGCAUGAUCCAUCAUAUCCAGCCUAGCUUUGCCUUUUGGAAAGAUAUUUAACUAUGUAUCCAGAGUCAUACAAUUUCUUUUUCACAUUAUUCUACUUCUGGAAUCAAUAUAAGGAAUAAAUCUAAAUUUGCUUAAAGAAUCAAUGUAAAGAAUAAAUCUAAAUAUAAGGAAAAGUCCCCCUUCAAGAUUUAUACUUAAAACAGUAAAAUAUUGAAACUAAUCUGAUGGGGGAAUGUCUUUCUGAAUGCUGUGAAUAUGUGCUGCUCUGAUUGGUUGAUAAAUAAAACCGUUUGGCCUAUGGCAAGGCAGCUUACAGGCAGGUGGAAAAUUCAAAGGGAGUGACAGGAAGAAGGCAGAGGGAGAUGCCAGCAAGCCUCCCAAGGAGCAACAUGUAAUGGGAUGCAGGUAAAGCCAUGGAACAUAUGGUGAUACAUAGAUUAAUAGUUAUGGGCUAAUUUAAGAUAUAAGAACUAGCUAGCAAAAGGCUUGAGCCAUGGCCAUACAGUUAUAAUUAAUAUAAGCCUCUGUGUGUUUACUUUGGGGAUGUGAGUGGGAGAAAUUUGUCCUGACCGCCAGCAGGCCGAGAUACAGGAAAACUUCCAGCUACACUAAUCAGUGUCUAAAAAUAAGAGCAUGGUUAGGCAGAUAUUGACCAAAUCCAAUCAGUAUACUUUAUGAAACUUUAAAAAUUACUUAUAGAAUUUGAAUAAGGAUCUGCCAACCUGUGGCCAGGUCUUUAUUAUGAACCAUUUUUGAGGUAUUUUUUCCCUUGUUUUAUGGUAAAAGAACCUGAG